AUGCCCGCUAAAAAAUUCCCGUCUCGACACUUACAUACCCUGAAAACGCAUAAUGCCCCCGUCAACGCGGUAACCUUCUCUAGCUACCCCGGGACAUACAUACUCACAGGCUCCUCCGACCGCGCUAUUCACUUGUCGCGUGCCGUUCCAAAUAACGCUGAAAACUCUGCACAGCCAGUUGAAACCAUCGCCCCUAUCCAACGAUACGAGGCUCAUGGUUACUCCGUCCUCGAUGUGGCCGUUGCCGCAGACAAUGCGCGCUUCGCCAGUGUAGGAGGAGAUCGCCAGGUAUUCCUAUGGGAUGUCGAGCAAGGCAGCACAACUAGACGGUGGACUGGGCAUACUAGUAGGGUUGAGGCUGUACAGUUCGCCGGCGAGGGUGAUUCGGUCGUCGUCACUGGUAGUGCAGAUACUACGGUAAACCUCUGGGAUACCCGAUCCAAAGACCACAAGCCUAUACAGUCCCUCACCGAAGCAGGUGACACUGUUUCGUGUCUGCACGUUCACAUGCCAUCAUAUUCUAUAGCCAGUGGCAGCUACGACGGCCAUGUCCGAGUAUACGAUGUUCGCAUGGGCAAAACAACUGAUGAUGUUCUUGCACACCCGGUAACGAGUAUCCGGUGCUCGGCAGAUGGCAAUGUACUUCUUGCUUCUACGCUGGAUAAUUAUAUCCGGAUGCUAGAUCGCUCGAAUGGAAAACUUCUUGCGGCGUUCGGUGGGUCAGAAAAAGAAAAAGACUCUUUUUCACAUGCUACCAAGCCUCUUCAUGCUUACCGCAAUGAUGAGCUGCGAGUCCGCUCUGUCUUUGCGCAAGGCGACGGGGUCGUUCUCAGUGGCAGCGAAGCAGCGAAAAACGACACUAGUCUCGGUGCCGCAGUAUUUGCCUGGGAUGUACUCAGUGGAGAGGUUGUUGCGACGGUGCCGAUGGGCGAGAAUGUCAAGGUCGUGAGCUGUGUGGCCUGGAAUGAGAAUGGCUAUUGGGCCGGUGGAUGCUCGGAUGGUACUGUCCGGGUCUUUGGUUAA